AGAAUAAUUGAAUAACUUCACAAAUCUAGGGACUUUAUUUCUCUCUCUAAAAUUAAGAUGGGUUUGAGAGAUCAAUACAAUAUUGUAGAAGACAAAAAUCUACACCUUCAAACCCCAACUUUCAUUGAAUAUCUCAAACCAUCUUCAUCACUCUCAUCAUCUCCUUCAUCUUCCUUAACUCAUCACCACAAAUUAUCUAAAGAAACUUUUCAGUUUUUGCCCUUAAAAGAAGAUCAUGAGAUGCAAAAGGAAGGUUUUGAAGUCAAAGAAGCAAUUAAACAAGUGACUGUGACUUUGCACAUAGGAUUACCUAACAUAGGAAGUGAAAAUGAUGAUCAUGAUGAGAAGAAUAAGGUUUUUGAUCAUGUUAAGGAAGAACAAGAACAAGAGUUGGAGAAAAACAUACAUGGCAUUUGUUUUAAGGAGGAAAAAAGGUUUUGGAUACCAACUCCUGCUCAGAUCCUUGUUGGACCUAUGCAGUUUGCUUGUUCCAUAUGUAGUAAGACUUUCAAUAGAUACAACAAUAUGCAGAUGCAUAUGUGGGGACAUGGAUCAGAAUUUAGGAAAGGACCAGAUUCACUUAAAGGAACACAACCAGCAGCAAUGUUAAGGUUACCAUGUUAUUGUUGUGCUAAUGGUUGCAAAAACAAUAUAAAUCAUCCAAGAGCAAAACCAUUGAAGGAUUUCCGAACUCUCCAAACUCAUUACAAGAGAAAACAUGGAACAAAACCAUUUAAAUGUAGAAAAUGUUCUAAAGCAUUUGCUGUUAAAGGAGAUUGGAGAACUCAUGAGAAAAACUGUGGAAAGUUUUGGUAUUGCACUUGUGGUUCCGAUUUUAAACACAAAAGAUCUCUUAAAGAUCAUGUUAGAUCCUUUGGGAAAGGUCACUCCCCUCAUCCUUCUCUUGAAGGGUUUGAAGAUGAGAAACAAUGCAGCAAUACCGGGUCCGUUGAUGAUGAAGUUGUUCAUACAUGAAUAUGUUUUAAAUUGCGGUUAGUAUAUUCGCAAAGACCUAUAAAUUUAACUGCUAUAUUGUGUUUGCAACUGUAACCGCAAUUUAAAACUUAUUCAUGCAUGAUCAUCGUCAAGUUAACAUAGUUUUCUAUACUAUAUAAAAGUAGUUCGAUAAUAACUAGAAAUUGUAUCACUCAGGCUAAUGUUCGGUAAAAAAAAUUAUCAACGAGAGAAUUGUUUGUUACCGAGCAUUACCUAGGUGGUAAUGGAAGAGUUUAAUUAGUCUUUCUUUAUGGUUACUAGGUAAAUAAUAAGGGUUAAUUAUUAUCUCAAGUGAUGAAGCAUGUGAAUUUUUUUCUAAAA